GCGGAAGGUCAGCGUCGAGCCGGAAGUGAGAGCAAUAACCCAUCCGCCAUUGUGGCACGGAGCAGCGGAGGGAAUCUUCUACCCGUGUAUUGAGGUGUUUACGGCGUCCGGUGUGAAUGUUUCGGUAAAACUGCAGCUCCGUUUCACCGCCGAGGAAACAUCUGACGAGUCAACGACGACCGCGCGUGACCUUAGCGCUCAGGCUAAGCUAAGUGUGUUUAAAGCCCCGCGCGUGCGUGAAGUCUGAUUGGCUGAAGCCGAAAGGAAGGAAGAAGAUAUAAUAAUAAUAAUAAUAAUAAUUAUAAUAAUAAUAAUAAUAAUAAUCAACGUCAAAAGUUAGAAGCUCGAAGUGAUAAUAACAUCAGCACGCAGCUAAGUGCUCGUGGAGGAGGAUGUCUGCCACAACUGUUGACCAGAGACCCAAAGGCCAAGGAAAUAAAGUGCAAAACGGUUCAAUGCAUCAGAAGGAUUCGGUCAACGAUGACGACUUUGAGAACUACUUAAGCAGCCAGACCAAUCAGAGUAAUAGCUACCCACCAAUGUCUGACCCCUACAUGCCCAGCUACUAUGCCCCAUCUAUUGGAUUUCCCUACUCUCUGGGUGAAGCUGCGUGGUCCACUGCAGGAGACCCCCCUAUGCCCUACUUGACUACGUAUGGACAGAUGAGCAAUGGCGAGCAUCAUUUCAUCCCUGAUGGAGUCUUUAGCCAGCCCGGUGCUCUUGGCAACACGCCUCCAUUUCUUAGUCAACAUGGAUUUAACUUCUUUCCCGGCAACGCAGACUUUUCCACCUGGGGCACCAGCGGCUCGCAGGGACAAUCGACCCAGAGUUCGGCGUACAGCAACAGCUACGGCUAUGCGCCCAGCUCGCUGGGCAGGGCUAUAGCGGACGGUCAGGCCGGUUUUGGCAGUGACACGCAGCUCAGCAAGGUUCCUCCUUUGAGCAGCAUUGACCAAGGCAUGGCCGGGCUCAAGCUCGGAUCCGACAUGGCAUCCGUCACCAAAACUGUCGGCUCUCCUCUUGGAGGAACGGCUGGCAUGAGCAGCAUGGCAGCCAACAGUGUGCCUCCUGUGAGCUCCUCAGUUCCAAAGCCUACAUCUUGGGCAGCCAUUGCUAAGAAACCAGCUAAACCUCAGCCCAAAAUCAAGCCUAAGACCAAUCCAGGUAUAGGAUGUGGUGUCACUAUUCCUCCACCGCCUAUAAAGCAUAACAUGAACAUUGGAACCUGGGACGACAAAGUUUCCAUCACGAAACCACAGCUGGCUCAGCAGAUGUUGCCCCCUCAGCCCCUGGUGCAGCCACAGAUUUUAGCCCAGCCGCAGCCCUUAUUGCCUCCUCAACCCCAACCCCAGCAGCUCCAGCUUCAGUCCCCUCAACCUCCUCCACAGCUUCAACCAGGUCCACCGCAUCAUCUCCAUCACCAUCCAUCCCAGCACGCCCCUCAUCAGCCUCAGCAUCCUCUCCAUCAGCAGAACGCGCCACCCCAGAACCGCUGGGUGGCACCGAGGAACAGGGUGGCCACGUUUAACCAGAGUGGGGGGCAGGAGAACUUCACUCUGGGCCCCGGCGUGCCUCUGUGUGCCUCGUUGUCUGCCCCUGGUGAGCUCCACCCGGUGCUGGAGAAGCUCAAAGCGCUUAACAGCUACAACCCCAAAGACUUUGACUGGAACAUGAAGAACGGUCGUGUGUUCAUCAUUAAGAGCUACUCCGAGGACGACAUCCACCGUUCCAUCAAAUACUCCAUCUGGUGCAGCACGGAGCACGGCAACAAGCGGCUAGACACGGCGUACCGCUCGCUGGCCACCAAGGGCCCUCUCUACCUUCUGUUCAGCGUCAACGGCAGUGGUCACUUCUGUGGCGUGGCCGAGAUGAAGUCACCCGUGGACUACAACGCGUACGCUGGCGUCUGGUCUCAGGACAAGUGGAAGGGCAAGUUCGAGGUCAAGUGGAUCUUCGUCAAGGACGUCCCCAACAACCAGCUGCGGCACAUCCGCCUGGAGAACAAUGACAACAAGCCGGUCACCAACUCCAGGGACACUCAGGAGGUGCCUCUGGAAAAAGCCAAGCAAGUGCUUAAAAUUAUCGCCACUUUCAAGCAUACCACCUCGAUCUUUGACGAUUUUGCACAUUACGAAAAACGGCAGGAGGAAGAAGAAGCCAUACGCAGGGAGCGAAGCAGAAAUAAACAGUAAACCAUCCAGACGUCAGUUCUGCUAGAACUUCAACACUAAUAAUGUAGAACCUUUGAAUUAUUGCCUAACCACAGAGGAAGAACGAGGGUCCUGCUCUAUUUUCUGCUGAAGACCACCAUGUACAAACACUUUAACACCACCACCACCACCACCACCACCACCACCACCACCACGGACUGCCAAUUUUUGACACAUCUGCCCUUGUUCUCAUGAGAGAAAAAAACUGGAAUAAAGAAGUGAAGGAAAGCAACACUGCUGACGUUAUACUGUAUGUUUAAGCACUUUGUCCUUAGCGACUCCCUUCCCGCGCACCGCACUGUUGGGUGUAACUCGCUAACCGCGCGCUCGCGCGACUUCACCUGACUUUAUCUGUAAUUCUUUUCCCUUGUUAUUUUCUUUUAAUUGUUUGGCUUCUGUAAAGUCACACGGAAAAGUGUGUGAUGACAAAUCUGUCCGUCUGCACAUGAACCUGUGACACUUUGUGCUCCUGCACUGCGGUACGGAGGAAAAGAAAGCACUUCUGUUUCUUUCCUUUUUCUUUCUUUCUUCUUACCUGACUGACAUGAAGCACGAGUUGGAAUAAUGUCUGUUUUUCACCCUCCACCCUUCUCUCUCUCUCUCUUUCUCUCUCUCUUUCUCUCACUCUGUCUCCAUCUCUCUGUCUGUCUCUCUCUGUUUGUCUCUCUCUCUCUCUCUCUGUCUGUCUUCUGUCUCUCUCUCUCUCUCUCUCUGUCUGUCUUCUGUCUGUCUCUCUCUAUCUGUCUGUCUCUCUCUCUCGCUCGGUCUGUCUCUCGGUCUCUCUCUCUGUCUGUCUGUCUGUCUUCUGUCUCUCUCUCUCUCUGUCUGUCUCCCUCUCUCUGUCUGUCUGUCUCUCUCUCGCUCAGUCUGUCUCUCUCUCUCUCUCUCUCUCUCUCUCUUGCUCCCCCUCUCUUGCUCCCCCCCUCUCUUUCUCUCUUUGUCUCUCUCUCUCCCCCCCCCUCUCUCCACCAUAAUUCAAAAUUAUGCAGCUCAGUAAGAUGCCAUGUUGUUUUUCCCCCUCGUCCUGCAUUUAUUUCAUCCCCCAGAAGUGCGUUUGUCUGAGAUGAACCAUGUACCUCGCUCUGAAACGGGGUCUCGUCCUGGUCCCAUCUUCUCUGCUGGCUUUCGUCCCUGAACUCAGCGCCGCUUUUGUCCUGCAGCGUCUCGCCGAAUAAACAUCAUGUCGAGAGAUUCCAUGCUCUUGAGUUUUUACUUAAAGUUGGAGGCCCACAAUUUAUUUUUUUUUAAUUUGUCCAAAAUCAGUCGUGUUGCAUGAGGUUUUUUUUUUUUUUGGUAUUUUGAACCUAUAUUAAAUAUAUAUUGAGCAUUUAUUAUUGAGGAUAUGCAAAAAAUAUAAAGACAACUUUAUCUAGGCCUUGAUUCUGAAUGACUAGAUUAAAUGCAUCGCUCUGGGGUGAAGUUGUGGUGAAAAUGGCCAGUUUUUGCCUGGUGGCUCCUGAUCAUCAGCAACAUCUGUGCACCUCUGCUCUGCUUACAGGAAAUGUUUACCUCUGGCAUUUCCUGUUUUUUUUUCUUUCUUCCCCAUUACAAGCUGCCUUCAUAUGUCCAGUACGGUUCUAUUUAUCUGUCUCUCCGUCACUGUCUUGCCGUCUGUGUUGUAAAACGCAGCACCGCAGUUUCUUCCAAGGCCAGAUUUGCGUUCUGGACGGAGCGGAAGGAUGUCAACCCCUGCAAAGAAAAAGCAUCACUUCCUAAUCUUCCUCCUCAUCCUCUUCCCUGUGUGUUUGAUUUGUGGCCAUGUUUGUAUGGGUUACUGUACAUUGAUGCUUCUUUAAUAAUGCUAAUGCUAAUUGCAUUAUGAUGUGAUUAAUUAAUCUGAUUUUAAAAAUAAAUAUAGAUUUAUUGAAACCGAAAA